UUUCUUUUUUCUGUUACCAAGUGAAAUUGCGCUCUUUUCUCGCUAAUUUUUUUGGCUCCAACGCUCUCGGUUCUUCGUCUCUCUCCUCUUUCGCGCACGUUCUUAUGGAGGGUGGUAACAAUCAGGUUACUGAAGAUUAUUCAGUGGCAUUUGGGGAUUUGAUUCAUGUCAAGCUUCCUCGCAGUGGUUUGUGGUGGCCUGCUCAGGUUGUUGAUGAUGAAGCUGUUGUUUCGAGUUUGAAACCUAGAAGUUGUCGCAAGGGGGAGGUUCUUGUUCGGGUUUAUGGAAGCCAUUUGUUCUUGAAUGUGGAUCCUGUUAAAUCUUGUUCUGAGUUUGAGACGAUUCUCAAGAAUAAUAAUGGGGAUCUCCAAAAGAUACUCCGCGAAGGUCUUGAAAAGAGCCUUCCUAGCUCGAAGAAAUCAGCAAUCAAGGCCAGGGGAACUCCAAGUAAGAAAGGUAGUAGUAGCAAAAAACAGUCCAACACGAAAGGCGAGGAGCCGAGCACAGCCAAGCGCCAAAAACAAAACAAGGAGUCAAAGGACGGUGAUCUGGCUAGCCCAAGUUGUGAAACAGCCACUGGGAAGCUCCAAGAAUUGAGUUCCCGAAGGAUUAGAGUGAUGCAAAGCCUUGGUCUCAGUGCUCCAACGGGUUCACCAUUCAUCAAAGUAAGGGGUAAUUGAAACAAAACCCCACGGUUGCAAGAAUGGAAAAGUGUAGGCAUCUGAAGAACUUGUGUAAUGCAUUCUCUUGUAAUAGGACAUGCUCUUUUAGUCAAAUACUUUGUUGAGGGUUGUUUAAUCUGUAGUUUUGAAGUGUCUUCUUCAAGCACAUGGACGCAAUCGUCGUUUAUGACGAAAAUGUGCAGUAAAACUUAUAUUGAGGUGGGUGGUCUACCAUUGACUUAUGCAUGCUAGUUUCUGUUA